CUUAUUGUCAUCAAAUCAUAAACUUUUCCUCCUUAGCUGGGAAUCUGAGGACUUCCUCAUCUUGAUCUCACACAAUGGAAGCUGGGGAGAUCCAGUUGUGGAUGAUGAUAUCAGUCUGCUUGAUCCAUGUGUCCCUGCAAGGAGAAUACCAGAGAAAGCUCUACAAGGAAUUACUGAAGAACUAUAAUCCUUUAGAGAGGCCGGUGGCUAAUGACUCUCAUCCACUCACUGUCUACUUUGGAAUGAAUCUGAUGCAGAUCAUGGACGUGGAUGAAAAAAAUCAAGUAUUAACAACGAAUAUAUGGCUACAAAUGUAUUGGACAGAUUACUAUUUACAAUGGAAUGUGUCUGAAUAUCCCGGAGUGAAAAAUGUUCGCUUUCCAGAUGGACAGAUUUGGAAGCCGGACAUCCUUCUAUAUAACAGCGCAGAUGAAAGAUUUGAUGCUACAUUUCAUACUAAUGUACUAGUGAACUCAUCUGGAUAUUGCCAGUAUUUACCACCAGGAAUAUUCAAGAGCUCAUGCUACAUAGACGUUCGUUGGUUCCCUUUUGAUAUUCAAAAAUGUAAACUAAAGUUUGGAUCUUGGACUUAUGGUGGUUGGUCCCUGGACCUACAGCUGCUAGAAGCAGACAUUUCUGAGUAUAUCUCUAAUGGAGAAUGGGAUCUUGUUGGAGUUCCAGGAAAACGGAGCGAGAGUUUUUAUGGAUGCUGUAAAGAGCCCUAUCCAGAUGUGACAUUUACUAUUACAUUGAGGCGAAGGACGUUAUAUUAUGGAUUGAACCUUCUUAUUCCCUGUGUUCUGAUAUCAGCACUUGCCUUGCUCGUGUUCCUUCUUCCGGCAGACUCAGGAGAGAAAAUCUCACUUGGUAUAACUGUACUUUUAUCUCUUACUGUAUUUAUGCUGCUGGUGGCAGAGAUAAUGCCAGCCACAUCUGAUUCGGUUCCAUUAAUAGCACAGUACUUUGCCAGUACUAUGAUAAUCGUGGGUCUCUCUGUGGUUGUGACAGUGAUUGUCCUGCAGUAUCAUCAUCAUGACCCACAUGGAGGAAAAAUGCCAAAAUGGACAAGAAUUAUUUUAUUAAACUGGUGUGCAUGGUUCCUCAGAAUGAAGAGACCAGGUGAAGAUAAGGUCAGACCGGUUUGUCAGCAUAAUAAUAAUAAGCAACGGCGUUGUAGCAUGGCCAGUGUUGAAGUUAAUACUGUAAGUGGUCAGCAGUCAAGUAAUGGAAAUAUGCUAUAUAUUGGCUUUCGCGGUUUGGAAGGCAUCCAUUGCACACCUACUACUGAUUCUGGAGUAAUAUGUGGGAGGAUGGCCUGUUCCCCGACACAUGAUGAAAACCUGCUCCACCACCCACGGCAUACAGAAGGGGAACAUGACCUCGGCAAGAUUUUGGAAGAGCUGCGAUACAUUGCUAACAGGUUCAGAGACCAAGAUGAAGAUGAAUCUAUAUGUAAUGAGUGGAAAUUUGCAGCAUCUGUGGUAGACCGGUUGUGUCUUAUGGCUUUUUCUAUCUUUACCAUUAUUUGUACUAUUGGAAUUUUAAUGUCUGCUCCAAAUUUUGUAGAAGCAGUGUCUAAAGAUUUUGCCUAA